GGCUGUCCAGCCCUGUGCCCGGCAGAUCCCGCGUGGCGGCGGAAGGGAGCCUUUGGGUGGCUGAGCUGCAGCUGAAGCCACGUGGAAAACGGAUCUUUGGCGUGGCUGGGUUCCCUGAGAGUCCCUGCUGGAAUCCUGAGACAAAGAGAGACAGGUCUGCUGGGAGAUCCAUUGGGAAAGGGAUCCAUUGGAAAAGACAGUGAGACUGGGAUCCUUUGAAUUUCCACUCUUUGAAGAAAGACUAAUUUUUGUCUUAAAGAAUUACUUUUGAAUCCAGUUUUCCAAUUUGGGAGCAGAUUUUCCUCCUGAAAAUAUAUAUAAUUAUAAAAAAAAAGAGCUACACAUAUAUACAUAUAUAUAUAUAGUAUAUAUAUCUUUAGCUCUUUUUUUUAAAAUUCCCAUUGGAAUUCAAUUUGGAGGCCAGGUUUUUCUCUCUCUGAAUGUUAUUAAUUGCCUUGGCUUUUGGAAUUCCCUUUGAACCCAGUUUGAGGAUAGAUUUCCCUCUCUAGAUAAUCUCCAUCCUAUUUUGCCUUUGGAUUUUUUAAUUUUCCCUUUGGGGACAGACCGAUUCUCCUCCCUUAAAUUAUAUUUUUUUUCCUUGACUUUUGGGGUUCCAAUUUUGGGGCAAGAUUCUCCUCCCUGAAAUUAUCUUUCUGUUAUUUUUAGGUGGGGAAAAGAAGCUUUUCCUCUGUAGAUUUUCCACCCCAAAUCACCUGCAUCGUUUAAGUCUUUAGCUUUUGAAAUUUAGGAUUUUUCCUCCAGAAACACUUCCCAUUGGAUCCCAUUUUGGGGGCAGAUUCUCCUUCCCAAAUUAUCUUUUUUGCUUUUGACUUUUGGGGUUUAGACUCUCCUUAAAUUAUAUUUUUGCCUUGACUUGGGAUUCUAAAAUUGGGGCAAGAUUCUCCUCCCUUAAAUUAUCUUGUUGCCUUGGCUUUUAAAAUUCCCAUUAGAUUUAUAUCCUGGUGCAGGCCUUUCUCCCUUUGAACCCCAUUGUUAUUUUUAAGUGGGGAAAAGAAGCUUUUCCUCUGCAGAUUCUAUUCUAAAUUAUCUUGCCUUGACUUAUUGGGAUCCCAAUUUUGGGGAGUAGAUUCUUCUCCCUUAAAUUAUCUUAUUGCUUUGUUUUUUGUUUUUUUAAAUCCCAGUUUGAUUGACAUCCCUGGUGCAGGCCUUUCUCCCAGAGGAAUUCCCUUUGAACCCCAUUGUUAUUUUUAGUUGGGGAAAAGAAGCUUUUCUGUAGAUUCUCCUCCCUUAAAUUAUCUUGUUGCCUUGACUUUGGGAUUCCAGUUUUGGGGUUGAGAUUCUCCUUAAAUUAUCUAUUUUUCCUUGACAUAUUAGGAUUCCAAUUUUGGGGGUGAGAUUCUCCUCCCUAAAUCACCUUUUUGCCUUGACUUUGAAUUGCACUCUGGACCGGGCCUUUCUCCCUGACCCAUUCCCUCUGAACCCCAUUUAUUUUUAAGAAGAGGAGAAGCUUUUCCUUCUAUUCCACCUUCCUCCCUGUAUCUACAUCUCUCACGAGCCCACCACCUGUUGCAGGGUCCCCUUUUUCUCUUGUGGCGAUGGCGGUGGACCCUGCCCUUCCCUUCGAGGGUGCCAAAGCCCCUUCCUCCUCCAAUGGGGCCGUAUCCGAUGGCCUUCCUCCUCCGGCCUCGCUUCGCCGGGGCUCCCCUUCUUGCACCCGCCGCCUGGGCCGCCUCCUGCGUGGCAACUUGCUGGUGGUGCUGACGGUGACCGGAGUGGUGCUGGGGGUGGCGCUGGGGCUGGGUGUGAGGAGCCUGGCCCCUACCCUGGGCCCCUCACAGCUGCCCCUCUUUGCCUUCCCCGGGGAGCUGCUCAUCCGCCUCCUGAAGAUGAUCAUCCUCCCACUGGUGGUCUGCAGCCUGGUGGCCGGGGCAGCCAGUCUGGACCCCGCAGCCCUGGGCAAGCUGGGCGGCUGGGCCAUGCUCUUCUUCCUGCUGACCACCCUCCUGGCUUCUUCUGUCGGGGUGGCCCUGGCCUUCCUGAUCCAGCCCGGAGAAGGGGCCGCGAACCCUGCCGCUCUGUCUGGGGGAUACGCCGAGGACGUCCCUGAAGCCAAGGAGGUGGUGGACUCCUUCCUCGACCUCAUACGAAACAUCUUCCCUUCCAAUCUGGUCUCAGCUGCAUUCCGAUCAUACACAACCUCUUACAGGGCGCUGAUAAUUAAGAAGAAUAUAACAGAGGAAGUGGGUGUCAUCAAUGAAACUGCCAUAGAACUCAAGAUCCCGUUAGGCAAAGAGGUGGAAGGAAUGAACAUCCUGGGCCUGGUGGUCUUCGCCAUCGUCUUUGGGAUUGCUUUGCGGAAACUUGGGCCCGAAGGAGAGAACCUGAUCAAGUUCUUCAACUCCUUCAACGAGGCCACCAUGAUCUUGGUCACCUGGAUCAUGUGGUACGCGCCGGUGGGUAUCAUGUUCCUGGUGGCUGGCAAGAUUGUGGAGAUGGAGGAUGUGGCCCUUCUGUUUGCCAGCCUGGGCAAGUAUAUCUGCUGCUGCCUGGUGGGCCACGCCAUCCACGGGCUCCUCCUCCUCCCCGCCAUCUACUUCGUCUUCACCCGCAGGAACCCCUACCGAUUCCUAUGGGGCAUCUUCACCGCCUUGGCCACGGCCUUUGGCACAUCUUCCAGCUCGGCCACGUUGCCUCUGAUGAUGAAGUGCGUGGAAGAGAAGAACGGAGUCUCAAAGCACAUCAGCCGCUUCAUCCUGCCCAUCGGGGCCACUGUCAACAUGGACGGGGCGGCCCUCUUCCAGUGCGUGGCGGCCGUCUUCAUUGCUCAGCUUAACAACUUCCCCCUCAACUUCAUCCAAGUCAUCACUAUCUUGGUCACGGCAACGGCGUCCAGCGUUGGGGCGGCUGGGAUCCCGGCCGGAGGAGUCCUCACCUUGGCCAUCAUCUUGGAAGCCGUCGGGCUGCCAACCAACGACAUCUCUCUCAUUCUGGCGGUAGAUUGGCUUGUGGACCGUACCUGCACCGUCCUGAACGUGGAGGGAGAUGCCUUUGGGGCCGGGCUCCUGCAAGUCUACUCUGAGCGGUCGCUGGGCAAAGCGGAGGCGGAGGAGCUGAUGGAGAUCAAGACGGAGCCCCUGGACGGGGGCGAAAAAGGGGUCGUGGCGGAGGAAGGGUCCCCCUUGAUCAAGAGGGACGGCCCGGCGCUUUCGGAGGGCGCCAAGUCGUGCGAAAAGGAGUCCGUGAUGUAACCGUCUUGGGAAGAAAACUGACUUCUUGGGAGACCUUUUUACUUCUCGUUAUUCUCUUUUUUAAUGUUAGGGUUCCAGGUUUCUUUAUUUUUUAAAAGACAACAUUAGGACCGACUCAGCUCCCUUUAAGACUCCUUAUUUGGUGACGGAGACUUUUUUGCGUUCGAGGCUCUGCUUACGAAGUCUUAAUCUCUCUCCUUUGCAGUGCAGUUCGGUUUAAAAAAGCAUUUCUUUUUAAAUUGCCGAGAAUUCACGACUCCGUUUUGGCCUGGAAACCUUUGUCCAGGAGAAUAAGCACUCUGCAUAUCCUCAAGAGACCCUCUCCUUUCAUGUUUUGUGUUUUCCCAUUUGCUUAAAAAGUCCUUUUUGAAGGUCAGAUUUCACUCUCUUCUUGCAACGCCGUUUUCUCCCUGAAAUCACUCCGUUUUGACCAGAAGCUUUGGAUGUAGCAGAAGGACAAAAAGCACUCUGUGUAUCCUCAGGAGACUCUCUCCUUUCACGUUCUCGGUUGAACCUUUGCAGUUUUUAUCAUGAAAAUAGAUGGCAGAACCCUUGGGGGCCUCUCUUAUCACUCCUUCGCUUUGGUGGAUCCUUUAAUCGUCGACCUUGCUGCUUAUUGAAAUGUAUUGUAAAAGACUGGACCAAACAGAAAGGUAUUCUGCCCAAUAUCUAGCCUCUUGUAUAUGAUCCUUGUAGUGUUAUUUCCAAGAGAAAAAUGCCAGAUUAUUUCAAGGAAAAUGUAUCUCCAUAAUCUUGUCAAAAGGAGGGAAUGAGUUCAGGAUCUCCUGUGUUUCUUGAAUGCCUUGACUGGCAAAUCGGAUGAAUUUUAUGAAAUAUAUUGUCCAUAUGUGAUGGUACUUCAGUGUCGUUACGAGAUGAAAUCCCUUUUAGCUGCACUUCAAAAGGUUAUAAUCUAAUUUUAAUUUAUUUCUGGAAUGGUUUCUCCUUCCUCGGUUGACAGGGAGUCGCUUUUAAUAAUGAUGAUAUUUAUAAUAGUAAUAAUAUACAUCAUACCGUCCUAAAUACUUGGGAAGUGUUCGACUUGUGAUGUUGUGAUACGAAAUCCAGCAUAUAGAUCUCGUUUGCUGUGUCAUACUAUGUCUUUGUGUCAAUAAUAAUAAUAUUAUUUCUUACCUGCCUCUCCUCAUGGCUCAGGGUGGGCUACAGCAUAAUUAAAACACUAAAAAUUCGAUAUGCACAUUAAAUAUAUAUUUCUAUAGAAGAUACAUAUUUAGUACUAAUACAUUUAUUAUUAAAUAAGAUACAUAUUUAAUAAUAAAUGUACUAGAUACAUAUUUAAUAAAUAAAUAUUAUAUUCUGAGAAUCUUAAGAUAGCAUUGGGCUGCCUUCCAGUCAGUCACUCCAUUGUCAGUACUAUAAUAAUAAUAAUAAUAAUAAUAAUAAUAAUAAUAAUAAUAAUAGUUCCUUGACAAAAUUGAAGGAAAAGCUGAUAAGGAGAAGACCUGGCUCUGGCUCACGAAUGGGACCCUGAAGAAGGAGACAGAAGGCCUGAUCCUUGCAGCCCAGGAGCAAGACAUCAGGACAAAGGCAAUUCAGGCCAAGAUCGAAAAAUCAGCUGAUGACCCAAAAUGCAGACUGUGCAAGGAAACCGACGAAACCAUUGAUCAUAUCCUCAGCUGCUGUAAGAAAAUCGCACAGACAGACUACAAACAGAGGCACAACUAUGUGGCCCAAAUGAUUCAUUGGAACUUAUGCCUCAAGUACCACCUCCCAGCAGCAAAGAACUGGUGGGAUCACAAACCUGCAAAAGUAUUGGAAAAUGAACAUGCAAAGAUACUGUGGGACUUCUGAAUCCAGACUGACAAAGUUCUGGAACACAACACACCAGACAUCACAGUUGUGGAAAAGAACAAGGUUUGGAUCAUUGAUGUUGUCAUCCCAGGUGACAGUCGCAUAGAUGAAAAACAACAGGAAAAACUCAGCCACUACCAGGACCUCAAGAUUGAACUUCAAAGACUCUGGCAGAAACCAGUACAGGUGGUCCCGGUGGUGAUGGGCACACUGGGUGCUGUGCCAAAAGAUCUCAGCCGGCAUUUGGAAACAAUAGACAUUGACAAAAUCACCAUCUGCCAACUGCAAAAGGCCACCCUACUGGGAUCUGCACGCAUCAUCAGAAAAUACAUCACACAGUCCUAGACACUUGGGAAGUGUUCGACUUGUGGAUUUGCGAAACGUAAUCCAGCAUAUCUAUCUUGUUUGCUGUGCCAUACAACGUCGUUGUGUUGAUAAUAAUAAUAAUAAUAAUAACAACAACAACAACAACAACUUGACUCUUUCCGGACCACAAGUAGACCCACUUUCAGGUCUACCCUGAACUCACUUGGCAGCAGAUACUUCAGCUUCUAGACAGAAAAAGUAGAAAAUAAGAUGGAAAUAAUCCCAGCAAUAUAUUCCUUGUGUUGCCGAAGGCUUUCACUGCUGGAAUCACUAGGUUGCUGUGAGUUUUCUGGGCUGUAUGGCCAUGUUACAGAAACAUUCUCUCCUGACAUUUCUCCCACAUCUAUAGGCAUACUCACAGCAACCCAAUGUAUUCCUUUUUCUUCACAAUUUAUACAUAUUAUAAUGCAGAUUGAACUGGAUUAUAUGGUCAGUGUAGAUUAUAUGGUCAGUGUAGACAUAUAAUGCAGACUGAAUUGAUUGAGGCUCAGCACCUCCUUCCAUGCACAAAGUGUGUUUUGUUUUCAGGCAUGAUUUCUUUAAUCCAAAAUGUGAUGCCAGGGCCAGAAAUAACAUUUAAGGGGGAUAGGUUCCCACACGACGACAAAGAGCUGCUUACAAUAGUUUCAAAGCAAAGUUUUUAUAUCCAAAACUAACAACAUGCAUGAGUUGAAAUGAAGGAAACAGAUCAAGUACACUUUCAAUCAACACUCAAUAAAGAUUUUGAAACUUCAAGUUCAAAACAAGAAUAUUUUUGAAAACUUGAAAGUUUCUUCCAUUUUUGUCUUUUGUUUUAAUUUGUUCCUUUUUGGUGGCCAGGCUCUUAGGCGUAUGCAUUUUGAAUAUGCUGUUGGAGAGCUGGUCAGGGAAGCUUCUCUGUUUCCAUUUCUUCUCUUGUUUUCCUAUCCAUGCAGGCAUGCAAAACUAUCACUAAACCAACAAGAACACAUCCUUUUCCAGCUCAAGCUUUACUGCACUACUGCAAUCUUAACACUAAACUGUAUUAUAUUGUGUAUUGCUUUGGCUUGGUCCACAUGUGAGCUGCCUCGAGUCCCUUCAGGGAGAUGGACGAGAUAUAAGAAUAAAGUCAUUAUUAUUAUUAUUAUUAUUAUUAAAUGCCUUAUGCUAAAAAGAAGCACAGUCAAAAUGGAGGCAAAGUAGAGAGCUUGGUGGGCAUAGAAAAUAUAUAUAUUAAAAAUGCUUCACUGUCCAAGUUGAGGUAUAUCUGUAUUGAUUAAUGGUGUCUUUGGCUGGCUCUACACUGAAUAAUCAUCAUCAUCAUCAUCAUCACCCUUCUCCAGUUUCAAUCCAGCCAAAGACACUUUUAAAAGCCACGAGAGGCGGGUAAGAAAUAAAAUUAUUAUUUGAAUAAAAAUUAAUGCAGUCAAGGAAUAGUGGAUAAUAAAUAAUAAUGAUUAAUAAUAUUAAUAUAAUGAUUAUUAUUAAUUACCAUAAUGAGUUGCUGUGAGUUUUCCGGGCUGUCUGGCCAUGUUCCAGAAGCAUUCUCUCCUGGUAUUUUACCCACAUCUGUGGCAGGCAGCCUCAGAGGUUGUAAGGUCUGUUGGAAACUAGGCAUCUGUGAAAUGUCCAGGGUGAGGGAAAGAACUCUUGUGUGUUGGAGGCAAGGGUGAAUGUUGCAAAUUGGUCAUCUUGAUUAGCACUGAAUAGCCUUGCAGCUUCAAAGCCUGGCAGCUUCCUGCCUGGGGGAAUCCUUUGUCAGGAGGUGUUAGCUGGCCCUGAUUGUUUCCUGUCUGGAAUUUUCUUUGCUGAAUGGAGCAUUUGUUAGAUUUUCUUAGUGGGUAUGUAGAUACUUUGUAGGUUGUGCUUCUUCACCAGCUUCCCUCUGCGGUCAAUGGUUCCCUUGAUGUAUGUUAUGGGCGUAAUGUUAGGAGAGAAUGCUUCUGGGAACAUGGCCAUCCAGCCCAGAAAACUCACAGCAACCCAGUGAUUUCGGUCAUGAAAGCCUUUGACAACACAAUUAAUAUAACAAUUUAUGAUUAAUAUUAACAAUAAUAUUAAUAAUAUUAAUCAUAAUUAAUACUUUAUCAUGAUUGAAGUGCCAUUUCAAACACAACCAAAUUAGAAAUUGCAUUAUAGUGUAGUAGACCCAUAUAAAUGUUAAAUGGUUAAAUUGUACUACAUGAGCCUACACUGACCAUAUAAUUACUAUUAUUAUACAACCAGAUUUGAAAUUGCAUUAUAGUGUAGUAGACCCAUAUAAAUGUUAAAUGGUUAAAUUGUACUAUAUGAGCCUACACUGACCAUAUAAUAAUAGUAAUUAUUAUCUGCCUCUCCUUGCUGCUUGAGUCAGAGUUUAACACAAUGAAACUUGAAACUACAUUAUAAUGGAGACCCAUAUAAUGCAAUUAAAGUGCACUAUAUGGGUCAGACCUAAUAAUGAUAAUUUGCCUCUUUGUGGCUUGAGGCAGGGUAUAACAUAAUGAAGCUUGAAAUGGCAUCAUAGUGUGCACCUAUAUCAUGCAGUUAGGGUGCACAAUAUGGGUCUACGUACUGUAUAAUGCAGCUCCAAACUGCAUUACGUGGCAGUGAGGAUCCAGCCUUCCUUAACCCAGAAUUCGUUCCAUUAGAGAAAGCACUCUUCUUUGAAAUCUUAAAGGUCUGCCCUUGUGCCAAGCUUAAGAAGAACUGUGCCGUCUUUUCACUGUUGUUUUCCCUUUUAAAACUUCUUAACCUGAUGGAGUCCGGCAUUGGAAAAAUAGAUGAUCUGAUUUGUUAGGAUCGUCAGCUGGCAUUUUUUGUUUCCUCUUUGCGAAGGUUGUGUUUGCGUCCUGUAGUUCUGCCGUGUGUCUUAAGAGUGUCAGUGCAAUUUCCCUGUGCAGCAAUAAGGGUUAUCAGCAUAUUGUUUGGAUAAAUAAAAUUACAAAUUCUUCAAAUACUGAA